CGGAAAAUUGUGAGAUCAAGAAUUUGUACCCACCCGUCGGAUCGUUCUUCUAGCUGUCACCCAAUUUUCAUUUUGCACAUCCGCAUGGUACUACAUACGGGAUGCAUACAAAUCUAGAUGUUAUAGAAUUUCAGUUUUUACAGUGUUUACACAUAAUUUACUUACACACCAGGCGCAGACGAAAAGACUACAACUACUAAUUUGCUUUUUGCUUUUUGUGCUUAUCAGUAUCAGAACUUCCCUAUGAAUCUUUGUUGAGACAGUGGAGCUUGAUUGUCUUUUCAUGUCUAUGCCGAACUUCGUACGUAAUAGAUUGUCGAAAAUGUCGUAAAGCAAGAGUCUUAAUGUAGUAGAGCUAGAAGUACAACUCCUAUUCGUAAUUUUCGGCGACAGCUACUCAGCUAGAAAUUGAUUUCGUCAAAAUGUUGAAUUUGCCUUGGACCGACAUCUUGUUGAGGUUGGGACUUAUCAUGUUUGUGCUGCCGACUUUGGCUGCCUUCGUGCCGAACCUUGACCCGAUCGCUUGGAUUGUAAUUGGUUUCGGUCUCAUAAUUGCUUACCAACAGAUUUUUCCGGCUCCUAUAUCAGCUACUCCUCAUCAGCAUCGGGACUGAGCCGCACGACUGGUUGGGAUUCAUUGCAUGAGGAGAAGAAAAAACGCAAAAACAUCCCACUUUUGCUCUUCUGUUCCCGAAUCCUAUUUCGAGUGUAGUUCGCGUUUUGUCAAGACGAGUUACAUCGAAGACCACACGCUCCGAUAGGUCCUGUUCUAUUUGAGGGUCUACCUGGUGUUUCGGGUACACAGCAUCAGCACAACGUUCUAGUCGUACUUGACGAGUGCAUAAGAAGAUGAGCGGGCGCGAGAAGGACAGUCCCGAGGCACUGGCGGCAGCGGCAAAAGCGGCCGCUGAGUCUGGAAGUUGGUGGACUUUCACCAGCGCUGACUAUUACAUGGCUGGCAGCAAAUACGAACAAGCCGCCAAAGGCUUUUUUGCAAAGGGUGACUAUCAAUCAGCCUACAAAUGCUGGCAGGAGGCGGCAAGAAACCGGGAUAGCGACGUACUUUAUUACGCAUGCAGGUAGAUGUAGAUGUGCCUACUAACUUGAAACAAAGUACUACUAUUAUGCAUCAAAUGCCGCAGCUUUACUCAUGAUUUUUAUUGGAUUUCCUUCGGGCAUGCGCAUGCUUAUGCAAAUCUCUUGUCGUGGUUUGUCUACCUAGGGCGACACUUUCGGUUCCGGGCGGAGUUGGGAGGAAGCAGCAAAAUUAGGCUCGGACAAGCUGAAAAAGUGGCAAGAUGCGGUAAAGCAUCUUGAUCAUGCAGUUGAAAAAUACAGAUCAGCUCGUAAGGAUGAAGCGAGUUGCAGAGCGUCCUUGCGGAAAAUCGACAUAUUAGAGAAGCACUCAGCAGGAGCCAGAGACAUGGAGGAGGCCUUCCAAAGCGCGAUAGAAGUGCAUGAAGACUUCGAAAAAUGGUAUCCACUAGGGGAUCUGCUAACUCGAUUCGAGAACUUCCUCACCCUACGGCUGGUCAGCAGCAAGGACUCUUCAGUGGAGACGAUCUAUAAGGUACGAACAGUUAGUUUUCACCUCUAUACGCUUGGUCUAUCCCUUCAUGCAGUAUAGUUGGGUAAUGCAUUUUUACUUGUUCUAAAGGAUGUUGUUGCCCAAUUAAAUAUGAACAUCGAUGUUGUAAAUAAGUAUAAUGAUCCCGCCUUCUUCUUCUAUUAACUGCAUCUUGUUCUCGUUUGUUCGCAUCAAGGUUCUUGACCGCCAUGUAGUCGUGCAAGCGAACCUAAAGUCUGGUGCUAUGGUUCAGCUAAUGAGUAAAGUAGUGGUUUGCCUUGCACUUACGCAGGACAUUGUCCGGGUGAAGCAGUUCCUUGACGAGGCGACAAACUGGGACAAUUCUUUGCUGCGAGGCCCUAACUUCUUGGAUAUUAGCCGCAGAAUGCUGGAGGCGUACGAGGACAGGGACGUUGAGGCAUUGGACAAGAUCAAAAGACGGCAAACGAUGACCAUGCUUCCUCUGGAGAUUUGUAAGUUAGCACAAAAAAUGACCAUGGUAGGCGGAGGCAAGGUUGACGCAGCUUUAGCAGACUUCGUAGAUUCGAAGGGGGCAGCUGUUCUCGGCGAUGGAGGUCAAUCUGGGACCGACGAAGAAGGUUUGCCAGACUUGUCAUGAUUUAGAUGAGGAAGAGAAGUCUUAGGCUCGAAGUCGCACCCUCCCUGUGAGUGUGACUCGUCUGCCGCGUACAAAGGUAACCCCAACCAACUAUCUCUCGCUUCUCUCCAAGCAUCCCUCUCCUUACCUGACAAACCACUGUUCGAGCUUUCUUGCGACGAACUUCUACCUAACAGCAAUUAUAUGUCUCAGUCUCUCUUUAUUGAAGCAGCGC